AAGGGGUGCAGCGAGGGUUAACGGUCAGCAUGUGAUAUCGCAUGGCACCUAUUUCUUGCUCACCCUUUAAUCUGGACUUGGUGUGGGAAGCAGUAAGAUGCUAACACAUCCAUAAAGGUAAAUAGGAUUUGAGAGCUAUCGGGCUAAUUGAAAUGAACGGGGCUCGGCUGCUCAGAAGGCCUGAUACAACGAAAUGAGACCUCUCCGGGGACACAGAAGUCGAGCAAAGCUUCAGCACUUCACUUAUUUCAGCCACUGCAAAUGGCAGCUACAGCAAUAGCAAUUGCAGACGCCGGGGUUUGAGCACUGUGACAGCAGAGAGGCCAGGGAAAACCUGCAUGGCCAGCGUGAUGUCCGUAACAGCUGCUGAGGAGGGGGCUCUCCCCCUCUUUUCCCAUCCCCUCCAGCUUUCUUGCCCCCAUUUCCCAUCCCCUCCUCUCCCCCCUGUCCUCCUACGUCUUUGCCCUGCAGCAGGUAAAGGGUUUUAGCCCACUGUACCAGGCAAAACCCCACUCUCACGCGGCGGAACGUCUACUCGACGCCUUGGCCUCCUCUCCGAGUACCAGUGGUACGUGUGGGACCACCACACAGCAGGAUUCGCACGCUGGCUGGGCUGUGAUCAUCCCAUCACAGAUCAAAGCCAUCCUUCUCAGGGACAGCGAGAGCCUGCUUGCUUACAGCAGGGGUUGCAGUUCUACCAGAAUCACUUAUUCUCAUCAGCUUCAUUGCGUUCGGAAGCAGCUGAUGGUUCCCUUUGGCGGGGUGAAGCGAGAUAUUUUUGAACUGUGAAACAACAGCUGUCUCACAACACAUGGAGCGGAGGAAUCAGAUGGCUGUGAUUGAAGGUUGGAACUGUGAACCCGAAUGUGUCCAUGAACUUACAUUCCUGCCACAUCUGUGGUUAUUACAAGGGUUUCAAGGUAGAUCGGGAGCGGCGCAGAGAAAUUUCCUUACUAGAUGACAUUUCAUCGCAAUGUCCGAUCGUUUGGGGCAAAUAACCAAGGGAAAGGAUGGGAAAAGCAAGUACUCGACUCUCAGCCUGUUUGAUAAGUAUAAAGGAAAGUCAAUAGAAGCUAUCAGAACUACAGUUAUUCCUAGACAUGGCUUACAGAGUCUUGGGAAAGUUGCUGCUGCCCGGCGCAUGCCACCUCCUGCAAACUUGCCUAGCUUGAAGUCUGAGAACAAAGGAAACGACCCCAACAUCAUUAUAGUACCCAAGGACGGUACAGGAUGGGCAAACAAGCAGGAUCAGCCAGACCAAAAGAGUUCCAGUGCGACAGCUGCACAGCUGCAGGAGUCGCUGCCGCAGCAGGGUUUGCAGAAAUCUGUCUCCAAUUUACAGAAGCCGACACAGUCAAUCAGUCAGGAGAGUACAAAUUCAGUGCCAGGUGGACCAAAGUCAUGGGCACAGCUGAAUGGAAAGCCAGCAGGACAAGAAGGUGGUUCAAGGGCCUCAAGCCGACUGUUAUCCUUCUCUCCCGAGGAAUUUCCGACGCUGAAAGCAGCUGGCGAGCAGGACAAGGUUGGCAAAGAAAAGGGCGCCUUAGAUCCGUCGUAUGGGCCAGGACCAAGCCUCCGCCCCCAGAAUGUCACCAGUUGGAGGGAGGGCGGUGGGAGGAACAUAACCUCUGCCACAUCUCUGACCGCCUCCCCUGCUGAGCUGGGCAGCAAGACCUCUAGCACUGGAGACGGAGCCCCCUCCUCAGUGAGUGCCAGCGAUCCGAAGGAGCCGUCUCUCCGCCCAGCUCAGCCUGUCCGCAAAGGGGCUUCACAGUUCAUGGGAAAUGUCUACCAACCACCUACGUACCAUGACAUGCUACCUGCUUUUAUGUGUCCACAACAGCCAUCUGAGACCCCUGCAUCGCUGGACCGAGGGUCUUUCCCCCUUCCUCAGCUUCGCCUUGAGCCCCGGGUACCUUUCAGACAAUACCAGAUGAAUGACCAGGAUGGAAAAGAGAACAGGCUCAGCCUGUCUCGCCCAACACGUCCAGUUCGGCAGCAAGUAGAGAGAGCACCUCGGCCCACCAUUAUCAAUGCAGAGAACCUAAAGGGGCUGGAUGAACUAGACACUGAUGCGGAUGAUGGAUGGGCAGGCAUUCAUGAUGAAGUGGAUUACUCUGAGAAACUAAAGUUUAGUGAAGAUGAGGAAGAAGAAGAAACUCUUAAAGAUGGACGACAGAAGUGGAACAGCUGGGAUCCCAGAAGGCAACGACAGUUGUCCCUGAGCUCUGCAGACAGUGCAGAUGUCAAACACACCUUGGAGGAAGGAAAGAAUUGGGGCGACUCAGUUGGCUUGUCCCGGUCAGUCCGGAAAGUGCAGGAUUCACAGCAGCCGCCGAGGAAGCUGAAUGGCUGGAGCUCUGCAUCUGAAUACCAGAAGCCCACACUGGGAAGUAUCCUCAGACAGCAGUCCCUCGAGGAUAAAGAAGAAAAGGUGCCACUGAGACAGAAGUUUGUGCACUCUGAGAUCUCAGAGGCUGUCGAGAGAGCCAGGAGGCGACGGGAGGAGGAGGAGCGGCGAGCCAGGGAGGAGCGUCUGGCAGCCUGUGCUGCAAAGCUGAAACAACUUGAUCAGAAAUGCAAACUGGCUCAGAAGAAUGGGGAGACCCAGAAACACACUGAGAAUGAAGACCUGCGACCCCCAAGCACAGAGAAAAAUGCUGUGCAAGAGAAUGGUCAUGCUUUCUGUAGAGCAACCCCUGAGUUUCACACACAGGAUGUCUCUGUUGGCUACCUGGAAGAGGAGACUCCAGCUCCAGCAGCAGCAGCCCAAAGCAGCAGUGAGGAGGAGCUCAGAGAAGUUCCCUCCCCAGCACUGGAAUUCAACAAAUACCAGAAAUCUCUUCCCCCACGAUUCCAGAGGCAGCAGCAGCAACAGCAGCAGGAGCAGCUGUACAAGAUGCAGCACUGGCAGCAGCAGCAAGUCUAUCCUCCCCCAUCCCAUUCCCAUCCCCAACGGACGUUCUACCCGCCGCACCCCCAGAUGCUUGGCUUUGAUCCUCGGUGGAUGAUGAUGCCCUCUUAUAUGGACCCUCGCAUGGCCCAGAGUCGCACCCCUGUAGAUUUCUACCCUUCAGCCCUUCACCCUUCAGGAAUUAUGAAGCCCAUGAUUCAGCAGGACACCAUUGGUGGGAGCAGCUGUCGGUCUGAAGAUCAGAACUGUCAGGCAGGGCAGGCAGAAAGGAAAACUGCUCCCUUGGACCCUGUGCCAGUGUGGGGCCAGGAGAGCUACACAUCUCUGCAAAGCAAAGGGUACUCCCUGUCACAUCAAAAACAGGCUGACAACAUGACCAUGGAGGGGCUGCAUGCCAGGAAUGACAGUUACUCUGCUUCUCCUGGAAGGCCAGAGAGUCUGAGCACCCAGCGAGAUCUCUUUGAAGAGAGAGGGGAGGAGUACUUGAAUGCUUUUGACAAGAAGGCCCAGGCAGACUUUGACAGCUGUCUGUCUUCUCAAAGGAUAGGCCAAGAUCUCUUGUUUCAGCAUCAGGAGACUGUGCAGGAAACCUGUCCUGCUGGCAACCGCCAUGCAAACUUGAGGUGUUCGCCCCUAGAACCUGAUUUUAUCCAAGCAGAGAAGAAGCCUGAAUAUAAUGGCUGGGAUAUCAGCCACCAUCAGAAACCUGCAGAGACUGCAGCAGAAGUUGCUGAGGAAGUGUCCAGGGAUGAGCAGUCAUUCAGUGCUGACCCGUGGAAGAAAGAAGGAGCUAAUACCAAACAGCCCACUGAAGAGACAACAGAGUGGGCUCCUGAGAACCGGAACACCAGUGGUCAGCACCAGGAGCAAAUGGGGAGGACGCGACGAUCAGGCCCAAUUAAAAAACCAGUCCUGAAAGCCCUCAAAGUGGAAGAGAAAGAGAAGGAGAUGGAGAAGGUUAAACUGGAGGGAGAGGACACCUCACGCCCACUGAAGGAGAAGGCAGCAGUUCAGAGAGUAGAAAAUGAGUCAGAUGAUUCUGCAGCCUUACUGAACUCCACGCGUUACCUGCUGGAUGACAAAGGUUCUUCCCAAACCACCCUUGCCCGAGAGGCUGAGAAGUCCCAGGAGGAAGAGGAGGAAGAAGAGGAGGAAGAGAAGCCAGAAAGAACCUGGGAGAACAAAUUGUCCAGAGAGUCUGGUGAUCUCCCUCCCACAAAAAGAAACAACUGGAUCUUCAUUGAUGAGGAACAAGCCUUUGGUGGGAGAGGCCAAGGGCGUGGGCGAGGGAGAGGCUUCAGAGAGUUCACUUUCCGAGGCCGAGGCACUGUUGUGGGUAGCCGGGGAGUCUAUAACAACCAGCGGAGCAGCCGAGGGCGAGGGCUUCGGGAGUUCAACCAGCCAGAGGACUUCCCUAGAGGCAAGCCAAGGCGCCGGAUUGCAAGCGAGACACACAGUGAAGGGUCAGAAUACGAGGAGCUCCCCAAGCGUCGCCGGCAGAGGGGCUCAGAAAACAGCAAUGAAGGCUCUGUGCUGGACAGGGAGGACAGUGAUUUGAAAAAGGGAGACUUCAAAGAGUCUUGGAGGUCCAACAAAAUCUAUUCAGAUGACCACAGUAGUCUGGAUCCUAAGAUGAGGGCUCCAAGAGCUUUUGGGAGAUCACUGCCGCCAAGACUGAGCAACUCUGGCUAUGGGCGAAGGAGUUUCAUGGGUAAGGAGCCCAGCCAGUGGCAAAGCAGGAGUGGGGGAGCAGGGUGGCAGGAGUACAGCCACGCCUCUCCAUCAGACACUUUUGGGAGCAGGCAGCAGUCUGACAGGGACUACAUUCAGGAUUCUUAUAAACAUGUGGACUCCUUCUCCAGCCGGGUUUUUGAUGAGAGUCAUCUGGAUGACAAAAGGCACUUUUUCCAGGAGGAUUACUCAGCUGAUCAGGAGAACAUAGAGAACAGGCCAUUCAGGAGGCGGCGUCCCCCCCGCCAAGACAAGCCCCCACGAUUCAGGCGCCUCAGGCAAGAGAGGGAAUCGGUCGGCCAGUGGAACCCCGAAGAGGGAAGCCCCAACCUGCUGCCCAGCCAGUGGCCUGGAAGACCCAAGUUGACCACUGCAGAGAAGAGCAGCAUCUCGGGCAGACGGUCUCCUGAGCUGUCCUACCAGAACUCAUCAGACCAUGCCAACGAGGAGUGGGAGACAGCAUCUGAAAGCAGUGACUUCAGCGAGCGGCGGGAGAGGCGAGAUGGAGUUUCAGAGAGUGAAGGCCAGCUGGAGGGUGGCCUCGGGAGUGGGAGCUUGGGAGAGAAGAGGGAGCUAGCGAAGCGGAGCUUCUCAAGCCAAAGGCCACUUGUCGACAGGCAGAGCCGCAAGGCCGAGCCAGCAGGGUUUGCAGAGCAGUCUGUCAGGACUGGUGUAGGAACAGCUUCCAGAUACGAGAGCCAGCAGAAUGGGACACUGAUAAAAAGCAAAAGGUCUCCAGAAGAAGGAGGUGGCCUUGGCAACACCAGUGGUGGGAGCAGCCACUCUAUUUACAGCUUGGAUAGGACCUCCCAUGCAAACUCAGAAAGUGCUGAGGGUCCAGGUAAAAAGCCAGAGAAGGAGCCCAAAUCCACUGCGCAAAGAGCAAGUGAGAAGGGAGAGGCCUUGUCACAGUUCGAACUGAGUUAUGGAAGUACCAUCAUUGAUAAUCGGGUGUCGAACACAGCAGAAGAGAAUGAAGUAGGUUCUAUGGCAGGUGAAGGCUUCAUUGAGGUUCUUACUAAAAAGCAGCGUCGCUUGCUGGAAGAGGAGCGAAGGAAGAAGGAACAGGCUGCUCAGGCACCAGCUAAGGCCCGCGUCCUUCAGUCUCGCAUCCCUCCUCGAUUUGCUAAGAAACAGAACAGCUUGUGCUUGGAGCAAAGUGAUGUAACAGUGUCUGGAAACAGCCUGGGCACAGAGAUCUGGGAGAGCAACAGCCCAGCUCUUUCCGUUCAGUCUCCUGGCAGUGAUUCCUGGAGCAAGCCUGUAAAUACCUUUAAUGGUACUGAAUCUAGCGCCACUGAGCAGGGUUUUAAAGGCAGCCAGGGGGAUAGUGGCAUUGACUUGAGCGCGGAGUCUCGGGAAUCCUCCGCUACCUCCUCUCAGCGCAGUUCUCCAUAUGGCACCCUCAAACCAGAGGAGAUGAAUGGGGCUGGCCUGGUGGACCCAAAGCCUGACUGCCAGAAGGAGCAAGUGCAGAAGCAAUCUGAUAAAAAGGAUUCAGAUCAAGGCUCAGGACAGAACAAGGAACACAAGCCUGGACCAAUCGGCAACGAACGCUCCCUGAAAAACAGAAAGGGUUCGGAGGGAACGGAACGGCUGGAAGGGAAUAUUCCCCCUGUUAACGGGGUGGAAAUUCACGUGGAUUCUGUACUUCCUGUGCCACCCAUUGAAUUUGGAGUAAAUCCUAAAGACUCUGACUUCAGCUUGCCGCCUGGUUCUGCCUCUGGCACUGCAGCUAACCCUGUCACCAAAUUGCAGGAUGCCUUGGCCAGUAAUGCAGGGUUAACGCAGUCCAUUCCCAUUCUGCGAAGAGAUCAUCACCUCCAGCGGUGCAUUGGCCUGAACCCAAUGUCCUUCCCCACUGCAGACCUUACUCUUAAGAUGGAGUCUGCUCGUAAAGCUUGGGAAAACUCUCCUAGUUUACCAGAACAGAACUCCCCAGGAGGCGCAGGCUCAGGCAUCCAGCCUCCUUCCAGCGUUGGAGCUUCCAACGGUGUCAGCUACAGCUCUUUUGGUGGAGUUUCUAUGCCGCCUAUGCCUGUGGCGUCCGUAGCACCUUCUGCAUCUAUUCCAGGUAACCAUAUUCCACCCCUAUAUCUGGAUGGCCAUGUGUUUGCAAGUCAGCCUCGCCUGGUCCCUCAGACGAUACCUCAGCAGCAAAGCUACCAACAGGCUGCUGCUGCUCAACAGAUUCCCAUUUCCCUCCACACAUCCUUACAGGCCCAAGCUCAGCUUGGGUUGAGGGGUGGUCUGCCUGUUUCCCAGUCCCAGGAGAUGUACAGCUCCAUACAGCCCUUCAGGUCUCAGGUGUAUAUGCACCCCAGUCUGUCUCAACCCAGCACCAUGGUCCUGACAGGAGGCACUGCUCUGAAGCCUCCGUAUUCCGCCUUCCCAGGCAUGCAGCCCUUGGAGGUGGUAAAAACCCAGUCUGGGUCCCCCUAUCAGCCCAUGAAUGGAAGCCAGACACUGGUUUAUGAAGGCCAGAUAAACCAGGCAGCUGGUAUGGGAGCCUCGCAGAUGAUGGACUCUCAGCUUACGCAGCUAACAAUGCCUGUGCCUGGCUCCCAGCUUCCUCUGCCCCGCUAUGGCUCUGGCCAGCAGCCCCUGAUUCUACCACAGUCCAUCCAGCUUCCUCAGGGGCAAAACCUGCCUGUAGGAGCUCCCCGAAGAAUCCUCCCUCCUGGAUCCCAGCCUUCUGUUCUUGCUACCAGCAGGGAGUCCUCCCAAAUGGAAAUGAAAGGGUUUCAUUUCUCCGAUGGUAAACAGAAUAUGUCCUCCGGAGGGUCUGUACCAUCACCACAUACGUACAGAAUUUACUCCAUGAAUAUUGUCGACUCUUCGAUUUCCAGGCCUAGCUCUGCCAGCCCAAGUGGGAAGCCAUCUGGACCAGCAGUUAGUAUGGGCUCUGUGCAAGGACACUAUGUUCAACAGGCAAAGCAGCGGGUGGAUGAAAAUAAAGCCAAUUUGGGAGCAGUAAAGCUGCAAGAAACAGCCUCCACAAACCAGAUGAAGCCAGUGCGCACAGGAGCAAUCAAACCUCAGGCAGUCAAAGUGGAGGAAAGCAAGGCCUAGGAACACCUCUGAUGCCCAGCUGAUCCUGCUGCCUGAGAGGCCCCGCAGCUUAGACUGGACCCCACUGGAUCUCCUGAAAAUCUCACCAGAUCUACUCCCUGCCCCACAUUGACUGACUACAGCAACAUCAUCCAAGCCCCUCUCCCAACAAAGCAGUUUGAAACAGUGCAUAUGACAUUGACCUGCUUGCUUUAAAACCAACCAACCAUGUGACUUUGAAGUGGGCGGGAGCCAUUUUUUUUUUUUUUUAUCCCCCCCCACCCCACCCCAUGCCCCAUCCACAGGUAGCUGUGAUUGCUCACUUGGCAAAGCCCAUCCUUCUCCUUCCCUACUUCUGUCUCAGCAGAGUGGCAACUGGGGGAGAGGGGUUAGUUUGAGGUUUUUCAUUUUAAAGGCAGCUGAGGUUUUUACAAAAAAAGCUAUAUCUUUGUUUAUAGCAGAACUUUUAUAUGUUCUCUCAUUUUUCCCACCCUUCUUUCUGCUUUCCUUAUUCCUUCCAGAAAAGAAUUCCCUUCAGCUAAAAUUAUGUUCUGACAAAACUAUGCUUAGUUUUAUAUAUGGUUCUGUGCUAUGUUGAGAAUCAUGGCUCUUCUAAAUUGAGUUUGUUUGGGUAUAUGUUACCCAGAUGAUUUAGCCUUUCAGAUUAUUUGGUUUUGAAAAACCAGGACAGUUACGGCAUUUGUUAAAUUUUCAGUAUUUUUGUUUUAAGCUAGAAGCAGUGCUUGCGUUAGAAGUAAAUGUAUACUAAAGGUAUAUAGUAGAUCAGUGCAUUAAUCUUGAAACUUGCACCACUUUAAUUGUAGCUUUGGGGUGCCUUGUGCACAACAAAAUGUGGCAUUUUUGUUUUAAGGAAGAAAAAACCCCACCAAAUUUCUCUUGCAAACUCAUCUGGAUCUAGGGGUUGUUUUUGUGGGUUUGGGAUUUUUUAGUGACUGCCAAACACACACCAAAAUGUAAAUCAUAGAUUUACGAAAUGUAAAAUCUGUUAAGAAAAAUUCUCCUCACCACACAUGGGUCAGAAGAGUUGGCUAGAGCCAACGGGUCUGUAUGGACUACUUAUUGUAGUUGUGAUGCUCUCUCUUAUGCUCCCUACCUUGGCCGCUCUAAUUCUUCAUGUCUCCUGAGACUUACUCUAUAUUGUGUUCAUCCCUUGGGGCUGCUCUCCUAAGCUUUGCUCUUCUCCCUUUUCCCUAAGUCUUGCUUUCUGUUCCUCUGACUCAUGGCCUUUUGUAAAAUUUGCAUAGAAAUGCAUCAGUAAGGGACCCCCUCUGCAAGACCGCCGUUUUAGCACUUGGAACCUCCUUUUUUGUGUCGGAAGCGCAUGGUUACAGAGGCAGUUUGGAAUUGUCCUUCUACUCUCCUUCCCCAGAUGAACAGCAAAGGGUUCUUUACUUUUGAUGCAGUUGCAUAUCGUGUGUACGCAGUAUUGUCACCUCACAAUUACUCACCAGUAUUUGAUGAUCUAUGAAAGGAAGGUCCCAGUGGGAGGGGGUUGGGUUUUAUUUCUUUGGUGGUUUGGUUUUGGUUUAUGUGUGUGCGUGUGUGUGUGUGUGUGCGUGUGUAUGUAGAUUUUUAGGAUGGACUUACAAGUUCUGAAAGUGCUUGGAGUCCUUCAGCUGACGGUAGUCUUAAGUAAACUCAGCUACUUUCAGCUAACUUGGUUUGUGUUGUUUAGCUCUUUCAAAAUGUAAAGUAGGCUGGUCACUCUGAAGUGGGGGAAAGAAAACUUCAUUUCUGCAGUAGAUGAUAGCUUGCUAACUGGCCGUGCCAUCUGCCUCUGCUAGGUGGCAGCAAGUCAUUUGUUGGUGGUUCCAAAGAAGAUAAUUUUGAACAAAGAAUGUAUUUGGGAAGGGAUCUGAAAGGUGUUCUUGUUUCUUUGUUUGUUGUUCCCCCCCCUUUCUAGGAAAGAUCCUUCAUAACUUUUUAGGGAUGCAUUUGAAGUUUUAAGCUAGGUAUAAAUAAGAAUUUUAUACAGUAGCUUUAAAGAGUUUAGAAACCUAAACUAACUUAGACAUAGUGAUGUCCCCUGUCCACAGGUGUCCCCAUUGACCAUGGCAGAGAAGCCGAAGGGAAAGGGAUAGGAUGGUACUUU